AUGGCGAGCGCCGAGUCCUUUUUGAAACAGAAGAUGGUGACUACUUCUCGAACAUAUAUCUUUGGCGGAGACAGAGAAUGGCUCGAAUCUGAUUGGGAAUCUAUCAAUGACACUGUCCGCGGCGGCAUGUCGACUUCCUUUCUGAAUCCUCUCAACAGCACCUUUUCGGCGUUAUUUAGUGGAUAUCUCGAUGUGAAAACUCUCGGAGGCGCCGGCUUUGCCUCUCAACGGACUAUUUCCACUGAAGAGCGUGAUUUUACUCAAUUCGACGGCAUUGAACUCAGUCUCGGGAAUUCCGAUGGGAAACGCUACAGCUUGAUACUCAAAGACGACAUGCUACCCAAAAGACCCAAUGGAUUGGAACGGAGUUCUGUCAACUGGGAAUACGAAUUUCUGCUACCUGCUUCGGGAGGCAGCGAGGGGGACACUGUGGUUAUUCGGUGGAAUGACUUUGAGCCAACGUACAGGGGGAAACCGUUGGAAGAUUUUGAGCGGGGAUUGGAUGUCGGGAAGAUUCAGAGAAUCAGUUUUAUGAUGAGGAGGUACGUUUUUGUCAGCAUCCUCUCCCAAGUAACCAAGAACAGUCGCCCUGAUUCAUUGUACGCUAGUUUUUUCGGCUUCCAAGCAGGCGAGUACGAGCUCGAGAUCAAGAGCGUCGCCGUAUUCAAGGAGGAGUCAACAGAAGAGCAGGAUGAAAAAGAGCUUCCCAAGCAUACCGACCCGUCCAUGGCAACAAGGCCUCCUGGGAAGGGCCAGUGA